AUUGUGCAAAGACCCCCUGGGUUACGUUGUGUAAAGAAAUGUUUUGAUAUCUCUCUUUAAGUUGCUAACGAUGCCAGGAAAGAAUUCGAGGAUGCAGAAACUGCUUCACGGGACACAGAAAGAGAAAUCAGUGACCUUGAGAGAUUGCUGAACCUAAAUCUUGGUCAAGAGGAAGAGUUUUCUCCGCUUCAAGGACAAUGUUAUGAGUACACAGAUAGAGAGUAUUUGUACAAACUUUGUCCGUUUGACAAAGCUUCUCAGCAACCUAAGGAUGGAGGCUCAGAAACUUCACUAGGCACAUGGGGCGAAUGGACAGGAGAUCCAAACAAGUACAGUCGUAUGAAGUAUUCUGGAGGACAAGGCUGUUGGAACGGACCUAGCAGAUCCGCUGUGAUAAACCUUCGGUGUGGCUCAACGAACGAGCUGUUUCAGGUCUCAGAACCGAGCAGAUGUGAAUACCUUAUGGAAUUUAAAACACCCGCUGCUUGUAGGAAUGUCGGCGACUCCACCCUUCCACACGAACAUGGCGGAGAACUGUGAUUUAAUAUAGGAACCCUUAAAUCUGUACAGAAUUUCUACUGGAAACAAAAUCAAAUAGUUAUUGUAAUAAACUUUUCCGAUACGCUAAUGAUGAUGAUGAUGAUGAUUAGCGUAUGAGUUCUUUAAAGCAAAAUUAUAAAUUUAAACAGGCGAGCCAAGAGAUCCGCCCUGGUACCGAAUCAAAAUUCUUGGAACCAAUUCUACAAGCUUUUUUUAUGUUGACAUCGUGUGAUAUGCACUUGCACAAAUGACAAUGGUAGCCGUGUGAUCCAUAUCUAAUUGCUUUGUCACUGAUCUCUAGGAAGAUUGGUGACAGCAAUAAAUUGUUCACUAGCAAGGCCUUGGUGUCUCAUUGUACCAUCAAAUUUUCCGAAAUGUGAAUUGUCGAGUAUUUCAAGCUUAAUAUCUCAUUAGUUUUGUGUAAGCCGAUAAGACAGUUCUCAGAGAAGCCAGAUUUCAGCUACCAUACGAGUUCACCUUGCAAUGCAUUGUAAUUUUAAUAAAAUAAUUUUCAUUUUGCUUGAUGUUUUAUGAACUUAGUGAAGUGAACCCCCAUUAAUACAGUCACCAACCUGCCAUGAAAAUUUGGCCGUAGUAACGGGAUCGCCGUAUUAUCUUGGUAGGGUCAAAUUUCAUGACUGGUCUAAAUUGACGUCUUCACAGAUCUAUCACAAUUGUACUUCUAAAUACAACUGUUCACUAAUAAGCAUCCGGAGUGCAGAUAUAAUUUUAAGAAAAUUGAAACUUGUAUCAGUACAUAAAAUAUCAGCAAUAGGAAGAUGAACAUUAUUAGUUUGAGUAGCUGUAUAAACAGGGUAAAAUUAUAAAAGAUUAUACAGGUUGGGAUUUCAGAAUGUAGCCGUUGGCCGUAUUAACGGGGUGGCCGCAUUAGCGGGUUUUUCUUAUAAGAAAAUGUAUGGGCUUUUCGCCGGGACAGAAAAGUGGUUGUAAUAAGGAGGUGACUGUAAUUAUAAGGCAGGGUUCUACUGUACUCUGGAAAGGUGAGGAUCUCAAACCGUCUUUUGUGAUCAGAUGCCUCAGCGUGAACAAACUUUAAUCCAGAAACUCGUCGAAUUGCUGUCAACUUGCCACAUGUAUUAAAUUUCCGUGCAAAUUUCCGUUCAAGUGACCUCGUAAUGCCUCCUUUGAGGCCACUCGACUCUUUGUAAGGAAGAGUGUUGCGUGACUAGUCAAAUACUGCUACGAAGACCAGUGCAUGACCCAUGGAUGCAGGGCUUUGUGUGACCCAGAAAACAAGAUCCAGUCUUUUUUGUAUUUAGUCGUGAGUUCGGAUGGCCAGCGGUUGCUGCCCAAAUUUCAAUAUGGCGGCUGAAGUCGCGGACUUUUCUGAUCGCACAUUUGAGAGAGAAAUCGAUUGUCAUAACGGAAUUCUUAGGAUAAAGCAAGCUGAAGUAGGUGAUGAGAGUUGUGUUGUUUGGGACGCUGCCCUAGUUCUGGCAAAAUAUUUACAGACACGACACUUGCACUGCUCGAAAGAACUACUUCAAAACAAGCGCGUUAUUGAGCUUGGUGCUGGCACUGGAGUAGUUGGACUUAUGGCUGCGUCUUGUGGUGCAUGUGUGUACUGUACUGACUUACCAGAAGUUGUACCUCUCAUUGAAUUAAACAGCAAUAUCAAUCAAAAUAUGAUAACUGGAACUUUUGUGGCAAAGUCAUUAAAGUGGGGACAAGAUGUGUCUGCUUUUCAGCCUUCUCCAGAUCUACUUUUAGUUGCUGAUUGCAUUUAUUAUGAAGAGUCCUUAGAACCUCUUGUGGCGACCCUUUGUGAUCUGAGUGAUGUCAAUACAACUGUGUUAAUAAGCUACGAGGAACGAACAACUGGCAAUAAACCAAUGCUGGAGAAAAAGUUCCAUCAGCUUGUGAGAGAGCACUUUACAGUGGAAGAAAUCCCAGAGGAACAACAAGACCCAGUCUACCACAGUCCAGAUAUACACCUUAUGAAGCUGAAAAGAAAGAUUGGAAAAAGCUCUGACCAAUCAGAGUAAACGCGCUGUUCCUUCAACCAAUCGGGAACAAAAUCAAAACCAAGCGUGAACGCGUCACUUGACUAGUGCGUGUUUCCCGCGCUUGGCACGGGAUUUAUGUGAUUGCUUCGAGUUCUGAUUGACUCAAUGUGCUAGUUGCGUUUGUUGUGAUUGGCUAUUUCAUGACAGGCAUUAGGAAACCACUAUAAAAAGAUGAACAAUUCGGUAGCCCAUGUACAGUCGUCCACUCGGCACUUCGGGAUCACGGAACUUCGUAAAGCAAGGCGGACAUACGUGAUAUUUGAAGCAUGACUAGAGAAAAAAAAAGUGGUAGAUCAAUA